AUGGCUAAUAUUAAGUAUCUAUUUAUUAGUUUAAUGUUUUUGUUGAGAAUGGUUCAUACAAAGAGUAGAAAUGCAAUAUAUCCUUUGAGUGAAGUACCUAGAUUCAUUUUAAUGGAUAAUGAGGUACCCUGGGAUUAUAAUUUACCCUCUUAUGACCCCCCAGAGUAUAAUGCGAAGAGUAUUUUCAAUCAACCAUGGGCUGAUCCAAAAAUAGAUGAUGUAAAUUUCAACCCAAAAUAUAAUGAAAUAGACGGAAAAAUCAACAGAAAAAGCCACAAUGGAGUCUAUAACGUAAAAAACAAAACACCUUUAAAUCCCAUGGGUAGAACUGGUAUAAAAGGUAGAGGGCGCUUGGGUAGAUGGGGCCCCAAUCACGCAGCAGACCCCAUUGUAACUAGAUGGAAGUUAAUGGGGGGAGACAAAGUUUUAAAUGAGAUGACAAAUUUGCCUAUUUUGCAAUUUUGUGGUGUACAAAGGAGAGAUAAUGGUCAAUGGGCCUUGCCGGGGGGUAUGGUGGACCCUGGUGAGAAAGUAAGUGAGACUUUAAAGAGGGAAUUUUUGGAGGAAGCAAUGAACUCUUUGGAGGCAACAGAAGAGCAAAGAAAAGUUGACAGUGAAAUUGUGGAAAAUUUCUUCAAAAAUGGUGUAGAAAUAUACAAAGGUUAUGUGGAUGACCCCAGAAAUACUGAUAAUGCCUGGAUGGAGACUGUGGCUGUCAAUUUUCAUGACAAUACAGGCGAAAUUUUGGACAAAUUUAAUCUAAAAGCAGGUGAUGAUGCUAAGAAUGUAACUUGGAUUGAUAUUGACAAAAAUUUGGAUUUAUAUGCAAGCCAUUUGCAAUUUAUUGAGAAGGUGGUGGAAAAACACAAGUCUCAUUGGUAA